AUGAGUUCUAGUUCGUCGGCAAACCAAGAUGUCACGUCAGGUUCGGCACAGGCAAAGCAGGCUGCAUGUCUCGAAUGUCGUCGGAGCAAGGUGAAAUGUACACGUGACGCGAACGCCCCAGUGUGUCGGAAAUGCCAACAGGCCGGCCUGCAAUGCGUGACACCAGAGUACCAUGUUGGGAGAUACAAAGGCAUCAAAAACAAGAGGACCGGGUUGGAAAAGGCAAUUUAUCAGGUCGAACAGGCGCUGAAGCGGAAUAAAGAUGGCUCAACUGGACUGCGCUCCGAGAUUGAAGCCGACCUUCGCCAGCUGAUCGGAGCUCCCCAGACAAGCCCUAUUCUCCAGCGGAAAGCCAGCUCAACUACCCCGACAACAGCCCUUCCACAGUCUUUUCCUCAGUCGCGAACAAGCCUGAUUCCUGGCGACAACAACGGCGCCACGGAAGAUAGCAAUGACAUGUCUGGCGUGGAGCAUGGCGAGAAGCCUGACGAACUUGCACUCAACAAUGCUGACAACCCCCUACAACUGCUUGCUAUGGCUUCUGUGCUUCCCGGCCAAUCUCCCUCGACCGCAAUGUCCACGUCGCCAGCUGGUGUUGCAUCACAUCCAGGAACGAACGACGCAAACCCUGGCGAUUUUGAGUUACAGCAAUUUUUUGGAUCGUUGAUGCCUCGAUUGGAUAAUUCUCCGGACCUCGACCCCAUUGACUUGGGCCUCGUGACGCAGGAGGAAGCAGAUUCACUGUUUGCGUAUUUCUACGAACGACUGUCUCAUACAAGAUGGGGCCUCGAUCCCAACCUACAUACAGCCUCGUUUGUGCGCUCGAGGUCUGCUUUUCUGUUUACCUCCAUUCUCGCCGCAUCUGCCCUAUUCCUCCCGAAAGCGGAGGCUCUGUCGAAGCGGCUCUCCAAUCACCAAAACCACCUGGCCCGAACGGUGAUCUUCAACAGACACAGAUCAGUGGAGAUCGUAUUGGCUUUCAUGGUCAAUAUUCCUUGGAUGACGCCUGCGAAACACUGGGCAGAUGAUGAGACUUGCGCUUAUCUCUCGAUGGCGCUGAGCCUGGCAUUGGACCUCUCAUUGAACAAGAUCGUGGUCCCUUCUCCCACGAUUCGUCCCGCGGGCUUCCUGAAUCGAGUCGCCAAAGCCGAUUGUAUUGAUUCCGCAAAGGCUCUGCAAUUGGAUGGGUUUCCACAAGUUGAUCCGUCUUCGGCCUUGGGUCGCCGUUUACUACGAACUCGCGAGCGAGUAUGGUUGGCAUUAUUCGUUCUUGAUCGAGGCAUCUGCCUCGCAAGAGGAAGGCCAUACGCAGUUCCAAUCGGACCACUGGUAGAUAGUUGUGAUACGUGGCAUAUCUCUGACAUUGCCGACCGAUGGGACGGCAGUGUCAUCUCAGCGGCCGUGCUGAGGAGAGACCUGGUCGGCCUCAUCACGGGUGUACGUGAAUUUUGCGAUGGAAGCCAAGGUGUCAAUGGUGGCCCGACGGCCGUGAGAUUCCUGAAAGACAAGAUCGACCGAUUCUUCGAACAGUGGUAUGCGGUCUGGUCACGCCAGAUCACCCAGGGCGAUGGUCAGUUGCCUCCGUACGUCGAGAUCUUGGUUUCUCACACGAAGCUUUCUACAUACUGUAACGUCGUUAACCAUCCAACGGCAUCAAAUGACGUGAAACAAUUCUUUCGGGCUGCGGGGUUGGCAUCGGCGAUGAAUGUUAUGCGUGCAGCAGUCCAAGGGGAGAAUCGACUCAAAUCGAUGCCCAAUAAUACCGUCAUCAUGGUCUCUUUCGCGGCCACUUUUGCACUGGCUCUUGGGACCACAAGUCUGGGCAAUCGCGCCAUGGUAGCCCCCAAUGCGAAGGCGCUGAUCGAAGAGACAACCCAAGUAUUGGAGAGAAUUGGGAGCUCCCCCAGACACCGCAGGGGCUUAUCGGUCCUUUUCGCGAGGCAUAUACGUCGAAUCAUGCAGAGUUCCGUUCUCAGUCCUCCCGAAGAGAACCACGGCUUGGGUCCAGGGCCUUCGGAGCAACCUCACCAGCAAGACCGAAACGCCGAGUAUGAUCCGUCCCAAACAGCUCCAAUGCCCGCGCCAAAUAUUCCUCUAGAACCGUAUGUCUUUGACAUGACCGACGACCAGAUCCUCGAAGCUAUCAACAACGCAAGUACCUCGCAGGACUUGUUCCAACUUGAUGAGACAAUGUUCUUCGACUGGUUAGACUGGCCAAAUGUUACCUGA